AUGGUCUUGAAAAUCUUACACAGGCUGAAGGAGCUCACAGCCUUUUUCCGGGAAUCAGCUUUCCUUUGGAAGUGUGGGCGCUUUGCUACCUCUGCCCAGUCCAGCAUUGAAUUAGUGCCACCCAGUGUUGCUGAAGGGGGAAGCGUUCUUCUACGCAUUCACAACCCCCCGGAGAACAUUGUAGGCUUUGUCUGGUUCAAAGGAACGACUGAGUUCAAGAACGUUGUGGCUACUCACUUUAUAUCAGACAGGAACUCAACUGUGUGGGGGCCUGCAUACACUGGCAGGGAGACAUUGCACAGAGAUGGAUCCCUGUUGCUUCACAGUGUCACUCAGAAAGACCGUGGAUUGUACAUCCUACAAAUUCAGAGAACAUAUAUGGGAAAUGAAGAAAUACAAGUGCAACUCCAGGUGGACACUUCUCUUUCUCUGUUCUGUAACCCUUCUACUUCUUCUCAACUCAUGAUCCAACUGGUGCCUCAGUAUCCUGCUGAAGGGGAAGAUGUACUUCUCCAAGUUCAUAAUCUUCCAGAAGAUCUACUCACCUUUGUUUGGUACAAAUCAAAGUUUAGCACUCCAGUCCUUAAAAUUGUAGAAUAUAGCAGAACCAUCAAUUCCUUCUCCUGGGGGCCUGCACACAGAAGAAGAAGGACGGUGUACAAUAAUGGAUCCUUGAUGCUCCAGGAUGUCAAUGAGAAAGAUGCAGGAAUGUACACACUAGAAGUUUUAAACAAAGAUUUCAGUAUUGAAAAAGCAUACAUGGAAUUUCACGUAAAGAAGUAUGUGACACAGCCCUUUGUGCGAAUCACUGAUACCACAGUCACAGGAGGCACAUCUGUGAUCUUCACCUGCAUUUCACCCGACACUGAUAUCUCCAUCCGUUGGAUCUUCAAUAACCAGAAUCUGCAGCUCACAGAGAGGAUGACUCUGUCCCCAACAAAGUGUGGACUCAGAAUAGAUCCUGUCAGGAGUGAGGAUUUUGGAGAGUAUAAGUGUCAGAUCUCCAACCGAUUCAGUUUGAAGACCAGUCUUCCAGUCUUCUGGCCAUGA